AUGCGCCUUUUCCUAAUUCCGAUCUCGACAAAACGAGCUCUCAUAUAUGCUCGACCCCUUAACAAGGAUUUAGCGAAGGAGCUUUCUUAUCUUGACAGAAUUACAACAAAGGCGGCUGAAACAUGGGCGAAGUGGGAGGAAGCCGACAAAGGAUGGAAGAUGCACCUUGUUCGUUGGGGCAAUCGAGUUCAGCAACGGAUACCAUACGAAGAAUGGGCCCUCAAAAGCAUUCCUUCAUUCAAAACCCAAUUGCGAAUUAAUGGAGAUCAUGGAAAGUCCAAGGUGGAUGUGCUGUUCCCCGGUAAUGCGGUGCGGUUGGAGCGAAUCCAACAAGUGGUGCGAACGAUCGCCACGGAGAGGCAGGAAAUUCAUCGAAAGAGGAUGAUGUGGAGCUUGAUUGCUGCCCCAAUUACAGCACCUUUUGGGUUGGUACCAGUGGUUCCGAAUAUUCCCUUUUUCUAUUUGGCAUACCGGGGCUGGUCCCACUGGCGUGCAUUGAAUGGCUCAAGACAUCUAGAAUUUCUCGUCGAGAAGAAUCUCCUCAACCCCAUCUCAUUACCGGAGCUAGAACAGCUAUAUGUCAAACGCGCAUCCCAAACACUCGAACGUACCACAACCGAGACCUCAUAUUCCGAGGUUGCCGAGGACAUAGAGCAGAGUGAGGACCGGGUCCUGUUGAAGAUGUCUGAUGCCAAGAAGUUGGCUACGAUUUUGGAUGCACCGGAGCUUGCAUUGGAAGCCGAACGAGCCAUCAUUCAAGUCAAUGAGCAGCUUGAGGCUGCAGCAAAGUCGAAACAAAAUACGAAAGACGAGAAGAAAGAUUCAUAA